UCCUCCUCCUCUUCCUCCUCCUCCCAGUUUCCAGUUCGUCCGAGCUGAUCUUACUGAAGGGUGUCCGGUUUAAAAAAAAAAAGGAAGAAAGAUGGCUUUGACACAAGAAGCCGUUUUAACUUUUCUAUGGGAGAGCGGGGGGCAAGUGAGGAACUCAGAGUUGCUCAACUUUUUCAGAGGGAAAAUCAACUGCGCCGACCCCGCGGAAAAACAACACAACAGGGGCCUGUUCAAGAAGUUUGUUAACGGCGUUGCCUACGUCAAGCAAGUCGAAGACGUCAAAUUUGUGGUCCUGAAGAAAAGGUAUCAGGACCUGUUCAGAGGCGGAGAACACGCAACUGGCCCCAAAUCGAAGCUGGGUGACGGGUUUGAGAGUCGUAACGCGUCGUUUCCCCCCACUUCUCCGGGGCACAGCGCCUCUUACCGAGGCCAGUCCGUGGUUAGCACUGUUGCCUCACAGCAAGGUCCUGGAUUCGAACCACAGGCUGUCCCAGGUCCUUUCUGUGUGGAGUUUGCAUGUUCUCCCCGUGUCUGCAUGGGUUUCCUCUGGGUGCCCCAGUUUCCUCCCAUCAUCAAAAAGACAUGCAUGUUAGGGUUAAUACUCCUGCCUGUGCCCUUGACCAAGACAAUGGAAAGAACUAGACUUGGUCCCCAGGUGCUGCAGCUGCCCAUUGCUCCUAUACAAUAGGAUGGGUUAAAUGCAGAGAAUAAAUUCAUUGUAACAAUACAAUUUGUUGUAAGAAUACAAUGACAAAAUAAAGUGGC